AUGGAGCAUGAGGGCGUACCUAUGGUGAGCUAUUCGAGAGGAUCAAUGAAUUCCCUUCUCCACAAGCUCACCAAACUGAAGACUGUGAGUAAUAAAGGGUUGCCUAGAGCUCAUGUUGAAGGCUUGCUGGAAGCUUUGACGGGCCUCAAUUGGGAAUUCGUGGAAAAACUUGCCGGGCGACAUGAGACUGAUAGGCGAGUCAAAGAGUGGAUGAAGCAAAUGAGGCAGCUAGUCGUCGAUAUUGAAGACUGGGUCGACUGCAAGUUGCUUGACAUGCAAGAACUUGAUGAUGAGAACUUCGAAGAUCUCAUGGCCCAGAUCCGCAAGGCGUGUGAGCGCUGCACAAGGUACGAACUUCUCAAAGCGCCUACUGACCCAGCCGUACUUGUUGAUGUUGUACCCAACAACGCCCCCGCUGAACCAGCCAACUGUCACCUGCUUCUGGGGGAGAGACCAACCACCCUUGUUGGUGUCGAUGGUCCAACAGAAGAGAUUGUCAAUCAGCUGACAAACGAGCAUGAGAAGAUGCUAAAGGUGGUCUCCAUCCUCGGAAUGGAAGGCCUUGGUAAGACUACUCUUGCCAAGAAGAUUUAUGAAAAGCUUCAGGGCAAGUUCGACCGCCAAGCUUUCGUCUCUGUUGGCCGGAGGACAUCCGUGAGUAACACUCUGGAUGAGAUCCUCCGUCAAGUACAGCCCAACGAGAAAAAAGUACAGCCCAACAUGGAAUUCGGCAUGCCUCGUCAAGAUAUGCAAACCACCAUCACUGAUAUUAGGAAAUGCCUUGCCUCGAACAGGUAUUUCAUCGUGAUAGAUGGCGUAUGGAGCGCACGGGAUUGGAAAAUUAUCAAUUGUGCUUUCCCGGACAAGAACCGUGGAAGCAGGGUAUUGACAACUACUUGCAUCCCGGACUUAGCCAACCCAAGUAACAUCCUGCACCAGAUGAAGGCUCUUAACGAGAUCGACUCCAAGAGCAUAUUUGAUGGUGAAGAUGCAAAAAGGCCGCUUGCGGAUAGCAUAUUGAAACUCUGUGGUGGCAUGCCAUUGGCCAUAAUAGUGGCAGCUGGCUUAUUAUCCACGAAGUCUGUACAUCUGCCAAGGAUGAUUGGGAAAUCAGAUUCCACGUCUGCAGGGAUGACAGAGAUAUUGUACAUGAGUUAUGCUUAUCUAUCAGUGCCUCUGAAGUCUUGCUUCAUGUACCUGAGUGCUUUCCCGGAAGGUUAUACCAUUGAAAAAGAUCGUUUGAUACGGCUUUGGCGAGCUGAAGGAUUUAUCCCUGGAAACAAGUGGGAAACAGGGGAGAGGUACUUCAACGAGCUUAUCACUAGGAGAUUGAUUCAGCCGAUAUUCGGCUACGAAGAUGACCGACCAGUGGGGUGUACCGUUCAUGGCGUGAUUCUUGAUUUCAUGGCAUCCUUGUCAAGAGAAGAGAAUUUUAUUACACUGGGUGCAGAGUUGGAGCCCAGAACAUUAGAAACAGAUCUGCCAUCAUCAGUCGCAACGAUAGGAGGUGCAGAGUGGACGACCAGACUAUUACUAUGCUAUGAAACGGUUCAGCACCUGUCGCUCCACCUCGGUCGCAGAGGCGAAGGUAACAACUUGAUCUCAUGCAAUGUGCAACUAUCUAGAGUGCGAUCCCUCAUGGCUUUUGGGGAAUCCUUGUACAUGGAUUCGGUCGGUUCCGUACAUUUGCCUUAUCUUAAGGAGUUUAAACUUAUCAGAAUAUUGGACCUGGAAGGCAUUAAGUAUGGGAUAACGUACAGUAUAAUAGGAAAAUUUUCUUUGUUGAGAUACUUGGGACUCGCUGGCACUAUCGUUUGUAGCGAGGACAUAGAAAAUAUGGGAGAAUUUGAUCACCUGCAAACCUUAGAUAUAAGGAAAACCAGGGUCAAAGGGUUGCCUUCUCGUAUGCAUUUAAUGCCAAGCCUGGUGUCUGUACUCUGUGAUGGUCUGUGCUUUUCUUCUCAGAGUAGUGGAUCUUUGUUUGAGAAUGUGCAAAACUUGGAGGAACUGUCAACCAUCAAUGUUAAUGACGAAACCACACUUGGUGUUUUGGCAAGGUUGCUGAUUAGUUCGAAGAAGCUGAGGAAGAUUGGUGUUAAUGUCGGUGUUGGUGUUGCUUUUUCAAGUAACAGUACACCUUUGCUUGACAAGCUCCAAAAAUAUAACCUCGAGUCACUGGCUAUUGAAUGUGGAGACAGCUGCUGCAGUUCGCUAAGAGAAUGGGCACCAUCGCCCAAGCUCCAAAGAUAUCGAUUGGCGAAAACCCUUUCAAGAGUUCCAGAGAGUUGGGCCUCACUGGACAGUCUAACCCACUUGGAUAUUACAAUUCAUAAAAUGGAAGCGAAUGAUGUUCUUAUCAUCGGCAAGUUGCCCAAGCUAAUUGUUCUCAAGGUAUGUUCAACUAGCCCAAAUUACUCUGGAAAGGCUGGAAGCAUUAUCAGCAAAGUCGGAUUUCGGGGCCUUGAGGUGGCCUGGUUCAAGUGGGCCAUUUCUGGAAUGGAGCUACACUUCGAAGACGGAUCCAUGCCCAAGCUCCGGAAGCUUCGGCUUGAGUUCAACGCUGGCAAGUCAAGGAAGAAAGAUGCCAUCGGUAAUCUCCCUUCUAACCUCAUGCAAGUUCAUGUCACCAUCAAACGUGGAGAUUCUAGUCCGACGGACAUGGAGGAUGUAGAGCGUGCUAUUAGAAAACAAAUAUCUUACCACCCCAACAAGCCCAAUCUCUCCUUGGAAUUGAUAGCACGAGCAGAACCCUUCAAGUCCAAGAAGAUGCAGGAUGAUACUGGAAGUUCGUUAGCGCCAUGGUUUUGAAUUUCAGUUUAAUGGAGUAUUUCACUCAUCAUCCCCAAUUCCAGUUCAUUUCAGCUAAAGGACCGAAAUUUUCAAUUCAAUUUUAUUGAGAUCCAAUUAUUUCACAAUGUACCGAA